GUCGGAGAAGAAAUUAAAGAAAGUAAUAAGCAGCAAUUAGAGAUCGAGUACGUAAAACUUCGUACUAAUUAAAUUAAACUUCAUAAUAUAAUGAUCCCUGCAACUCAUCUCUCCAGAAUGGGAAUAUAUGACGUUACGAUCGGAGGCGUCGAGGUCAAGGCUCGAGUGAUCGACGACGGAAAGCUUAUCAACGCCGCCCUGGCGGAGUUGGAGUUGACGGAAGAAGAAAACCCGAUCGUCGGAUUGGAUUUAAAACAGUGCAGAAACGUGUUUGGACGGAGGAGAUGCGCCGCCGUCAUCCUCUGCACCAAUGCUAAGUGCCUUAUCAUACAGCUAGACCGUAUGACGAGAGGCGGCGGCGGUUUCAAAAACCGCCGAAACCGCCGCCGCAUCCCGAGAAUUCUCGGCGAUUUCCUGUCGGAAAGGCGCGUUUGUUUUGUGUCGCCGAAUGGGUUCGAGAAAAGAGUGCAUGGACUGUCGUUUCCGGACACCGCAAGGGUGGCGAAAAGUGGGCCAUGCUGUGGGGCCCGUUCCUCUCCUCGUCUCUUCAAGUGCAAGGAGAUCCAUGCAGUUGAAGUUGGGAAUUACGCAGCUAGGGUUUUGAAGAAACCAGAACUUCUCAAGUGUAAGUCUCUUGAGAAGCUGGGGAGUGAAGCUGGGGUUGACCUAAACUCCUCGGGUUGCUAUGGUGGAAAUGGAGUCAAAGCUAAACGGCCGAAGUGGGAUUCUGAGAUUUUCUCGGAGGAGGAAGUUCUAUAUGUUAUGCAUGAUGCUGUUGCUUGCUACCGUAUUGUCCACAAGCUCCUUCAUCAAAUAUAGCACUGGUUAUAUGCAAUAGUACGUAACUCUCCUGCAUAUGGCUUUCAUGCAUAAGAAUGUUGUUGGGUACAAAGACUCGUUUAAUUUAUCAAUAAUAAGAUAAUAAGAACUAGUUUUCGCUCAUUUGUUGUACCGAUUGUACUUAGCUACCUCCCAAUUAGAAAUUAAGGUUUUUAUCAUAUUGACCUAUUUUUGAUCAAUGUUGAAAAAGUUGGAAAAAGUUGGAAUAAUGAUUUCA